UUGUGAUGUCACCGGCAAGAUGGCGGCUUCCUUCGGAGCAACGCUGUUUCAGUGAAGCUGUUUUUAAAUCCGCUGUUUCUGUUUCUGAGGAGGUUAUUAUUAUUAUUAUUAUUACGGUAAAAGCAGCGGUUCUUGUUUAGUUUUUUCUGCGGUUCUCUUCAGCGGAGCGUCGCUGUGGCUGCAGCCGAGAUGAGGACUUUCUGCGGCAGAGCGAAUCCGAGCACCGGAGCUCUGGACUGGGUGGAGGAAGAAGAAUACGACUUCCAUCAGGAGAUAGCCAGGUCCUGUUACGCCGACAUGCUGCAUGAUCACGACAGGAAUCAGAAAUAUUAUGAAGGAAUCCGUUCUGCCGUCAGCAGAGUUAAAGCUCGAGGUCAGAAAGUCGUCGUCCUCGACAUCGGAACAGGAACCGGACUUCUGUCCAUGAUGGCCGCCACCGCAGGGGCUGAUGUCUGCUACGCUGUUGAGGUUUUCCGUCCGAUGGCUGAAGCCGCUCAGAGCAUCGUGGAGAAAAACGGAUUUUCUGAUAGAAUUAAAAUCAUCAACAAACAUUCGACGGACGUCACCGUUGGUCCAGAUGGAGACAUGCAGGAGAAGGCUAACAUCUUGAUCACGGAGCUGUUUGACACGGAGCUGAUCGGUGAAGGAGCUUUACCCAGUUAUGAACACGCCCAUCAGAACCUGGUCCAGGAGGGCUGUGAGGCGGUUCCCCACCGGGCCUCGGUCUUCGCCCAGCUGGUGGAGUCGGAGCUGCUGUGGAGCUGGUCUCAGCUGCAGCCUCUGGAGGUGGACGGGUUUCUGCUGGCGGCGCCACCGGCCGUGGCUCGAUGCGCCGGAGCUCAUUCUGUCUGCGACAUCCAGCUGAGUCAGGUGGACCCGAGAAGCUUCACCCCGCUGGGACCCGUUCUGUCCAUGUUCAGCGUGGACUUCAGCAGAGCCGUCAGCAGCUCCUUCCAGUCCCACUCCUCCCAGUUCGCUGCUCGGUCCAGGGGUCGGGCUCAGGUGGUUCUGUCCUGGUGGGAUCUGGACAUGGAUCCUGCAGGAAGCAUCGUGUGCAGCAUGGCUCCCAGCUGGACGUACCCAGAACCAAAGACGGCUCCGUGGAGGGAUCACUGGAUGCAGAGCGUCUACUUCCUGCCUGCUGAGAGCAGCGUGAACGAAGGCGACCAGCUCCGACUGACCGUCUGCCACGAUGACUACAGUCUGUGGUUCAGUCUGCAGCCGCUCAGCCAGCAGAUCCCUCAGACUGAAGCUCCGCCCCCUCGGCCCUCCUGCACCUGUCAGGCUCACCUGGUCUGGACUCGGCCUCGAUUCGGUGAACUGAACGACAGACGGAGGACCGAGAGUUACGUCAACGCUCUGAAGAGUGUGCUGAGAGACGACAGCGUCUGUCUGUCCGUCAGCGAUGGAAGUCUACUUCCUGUUUGGGCCCACAUGCUGGGAGCUAAGAAGGUGUUCUCUUUGGAAAACUCCAGGAUGUCCAGACAGGUGAUCGAACAGGUGUUGGAGGCGAACUCGAUGAAAGGAGGAGUGGAGCUGCUGGAGAUCAGACCUGACCAGCUGACCAGUAAUGAUCUAGGAGGACAACAGAUCUCGGUUCUGGUCGGAGAACCCUACUUCAGCACCAGUCUGUUACCGUGGCAUUCCCUCUUCUUCUGGUUCUGUCGCUCUGCUCUGUCCGGACUCCUGCGACCCGACGCCUCCAUCCUGCCUGGAUCCGCCUCCCUGCACAUGGUGGCCGUGGAGUUCCAGGAUUUGUGGAGGAUCAGAGCUCCGUGUGGAACCUGUGAAGGCUUCGACGUCACUCCCAUGGAUGAAAUGGUUCAGAAGUCUCUGGAUUUCCGUGAGUCCCGUGAGGCCGAACCUCAUCCUCUGUGGGAGUAUCCCUGCCGGGCCUUGACUCGGUCCGAAUCAGUCAUGACCUUCGACUUCACCCAGAGCGUCCCUCAGCAGCCAAUCAGCAGCCAGGGAUCGUUACCAUUCAUCAGGGCUGGUCGUUGCCAUGGCGUCGCCUUGUGGAUGGAGUACCACCUGACCGAUGACAUCACCGUCAGCGCCGGUCUGACUGGACCAAUCAGUGAGCAGGGCGACUGUGUUUGGAGCCGACACAGGAAACAGGGAGUUUAUUUCCUCAGGACGCCGGUGGAGAGUUCAGGUGACGGCAGAUCUGCAGUUUCUUACAGCUUCACCUUCGAACCCAGUUUAGGAGACAUUAAGAUGGACUUUAAUGUCACGUCUCAGUGAUGUGACAGCUCAGUUUCACCUUUUAGCUUUUAUACUGAACAGAUUUACAGAAAGCAGAAUUGAACCACCAGAACGGAGCUGACGCUGUUAUCAGACUGAACAUUAUUCAUGUUAAUCUGUUGGUUUUUUGGGUGAAAGCUGAAGGAAAAUUGCAGUUUUUGCUUUGAUAUACAAUGUUUUGUUUCCAGAAGUCUCUACAAUGAAGGUAGAGAAGUUACCAAAACCCCAAGAUGUAGAAUUCAGGAAGUAAGUUCUCAGAUUUUGUUCAGUUAUUUGGGACCUAAAACUAAAUUCUGUAAAAUAUUUAGCCUGCAUUUUGAGGCUUUCAAAUGUUUUCAGACCUGGUUUGGUGAAUAAAAGUAAAUGUUUUACCUAGAAAGCCAUAUUUAGGUUUCAUUAAUCAUUAAUCAAGAAACUUGGUGAGAAAACAGACAGAAUGAUUGAAUGGAUCCAUUAGAGGCACAUUUUUUAAAUGAUUCAUUCUUGAAAAUGGAAAAAAGUGCAAAAUUUUCAAUCCAGGUUGGUAUUGUAUCUCCAUAAGUUCCUGUAAGCAUAUAUAUCUAUGGAUGGAUCCAUAUUUCUACUAAAAUCCAGUCUUUGGUCGACAUUUCACCAACUUUUGAGGCUCUAACAUGAGUGUUUUUUCAUGGUAUCCAUUUUCAUGGUCCAAUAUUGACUAGUUUUUAUCAUUUUGGACACCAUUAAGUCAUUUUAGGCAGCACUCAAGUCACUUUGGACAGUCUUUAUCUAAUUUUGGACAAAUAUUUUGUCAUUUUUGGCAUAUUUCAAGCUAUUUUAAAUCAUUUUGACAGAUUUUUAGGCCAAAAUGUCUAAAAACUGGAACCUUGUCUGGUCAAACCUGAAAUUGGCUUUCUAGUUUUUUUGAGGGUAAAGAUACAAAAUUUCCCAAGUCUGGAGGAAUGAAAUUCUCAAAAUUCAACCAAAAUAUUUGACAGAACUUAGUUUUGAUUCCCAAACAAGUAAACUGGCGAUACAGUAACACAAGGACAUGUUUGAAUUCUGGUUUAAGUUUAUUUGAAAGACAUGAAACAUGGCAACAAAAACACUCCUUUGCCUUCAUAUAUACAUAAAUAAGCAUCGGUUUGUUGGUGAAUCGUAGACGGUGAACAUCGUAUUGUUGUGAAUUCAUCCACGGAGCCACAUAAAGGUCAGAGUUUUCAGUUUCCUCUCAGUGUGUUUUACUUUCAUCUGAUGUAGUUUAGGGGAACACAGUGAUGAUGUGACUCUAUGUGAUGCAUUUAUUGACUAUUAUUCAUUUUUAAGGGCUUACAGCUGAUUUAAACUCCAAACUCUGUACUGAAUCUCAUCUAGAGAGAGUUAUAUGUGCAGCAUCAGUUACUAUGAAGAGCUAGCAGGCAGAUUUCAACAUACCUGCUAAUCCAAUAAUUCACUUAACACAGUAACAGCUGGAUACAAAAACCAGAGAAAAUGACCUGAUGUCAUUGGAAAUCGGUCAAUAAAUGCAUCACAAAGUGUCACAACAUCUCUGAAUUCUGUUAUAUCUGCAGCAUUUUCCCCUAAACUGUUUAUUUGGAGUAAAUAAAUCUGCUUUACUGGGCUCCAUAUGUAAUGGUGUGAAUGUAAAUAAAGAUCAAUAAAUGCA